AUGUCUCUUCCUGUACAGAAAGUUGCUCUCCUUGGAGCCACCGGCAAACUUGGCUCCCACAUCCUCAAAGCUCUUAAAAGUGAAGGUUUUACGGUCACAGCCGUGCAGCGCAACGGCUCCAAGAGCAGUGCGCCACCGGAGGCCGAUGGGAGCCUCAAAAUCGACACCAGCAGCAAAGAUGAACUCACCUCUGCCUUCAAGGGCCAGGACGCUGUCGUGAACGCCAUCGGUGACCCCCUCAACGUCGAAGACAACAAGGCCGUAGUCGACGCUGCAAUCGCCGCCGGCGUCAAGCGCAUCGUGCCGUCCGAGUACAGCACCAACCUCGAGAACCCGCUCUCGCGCAAGCUGCCCAACGUGCAGGCCAAGGUGGCCAUCCGCGACUACAUCACGUCUGUGAUCCCGAGCACUGCAGCCGCCGCCACGACCUGGACGUCCGUCAACAGCGGGCCCUUCCUCGACCUAGUCUUCCCCUUCGGCAUGCUGGGGCCCAACCUCGCCGAGCGCAAGGCCACCUUCCACAACGGCGGCGCCCAUUACGUCGGCGCUUCGCGCCUGGCCGACAUCGGCACUGCCGUCGCCAGAGUGCUGAAGCCCGAGCACUUCCAGGACAGCGCCAACAAGCCCGUCUACAUCUACUCUGCUGCCGUGUCGGAGCGUUAUCUGACGAAGUUGACUGCCGAGGUCACGGGAAUUGACUUUGGCACCGUCGAGGAUGGCAGGAUCGAGGAUCUUGACACGGAACAGCUGUGCCGGAUGGCCGAUGAGAAGCGGAGCCAGGGAGACAUGUCAGUCAUGCUUUUGUACUAUUUCCAGAUAAUGUACGGAAAGGGCCAUGAAGGUGACACUAGGCACAUGGCAUGGAACGAGCGGCUGGGUCUGAAGGCUAUGAGCGAGGAGGAGAUUAAGGAGUUCAUCAGGCAGAAUGCUCGGAAAAUGGGGAUCUUGCAGUGA